AUGAGAAUAAAUGUAUGUUUUCUUAAUUUUUUUUUUUUUUUUUUUUUUUUUUUUGUUUUGUUUUUAAAUACAAAUGAAUGUUUCCAACAAGAGGAAAAGUUAAAAAAAUUAAAGAAAUUAUUAAAUAAAAAGAUUAAAUUUGAUAUUAAUGAAAAACAUAAAAAUGGUUAUAAAAACACAAGAUAUUCAUUUAUAUAUAUUCAUGAAUUAACCUUAAUUGAUUAUGUAGAUUAUGUGUUGAAUAAAUCCUCAGAAUAUGAUUGUAUUUUAUUUUAUAUAAAUGUAGAAAGUAGUAAUAAUGUUUCCAAGUUGGAUAGAAAAACUCUUAUUUUAUUAGAAAUAUUUAACGAAGUAGCACGACAGAUCAUAUUUAAUAAUUUUGUUUUAUAUAAUGAGAGUGAAGAUGUAUUAUUAUUAAACAAAGAAAUAAGAAACGAAGAUAUAGAAACAAAGUAUGUGAACAAUAAUAAUAAUAAUAAUAAUAAUAUAUACGAAACUAAGGAUCAUAAUGAUAAGCAUAAAAAAAAUGAUUUUUUAUUAUUAAAGCCUGUUUUUUUUUUUUAUAUAAAUUUUAACAAAUCACAUAUGAAUCCCAUAAAACAUGUACACAUGAUUUAUAAUUUACCAGAAUUUGUUUAUGUACAUGAUAAGACUUUUGAUAAUAUAGAUUACCAGCUAAUAAUAGAUACCAAAUAUAUGUUAGAAUAUUAUAUAAAAGAUAUAAAAAAAAUUGAUUAUAACCAUACAGAGAUAAAUAAUAAGAUGCUUGAAACAUAUUUUAAAGAAUUUAUUUAUCUACACAAUAAAGGGAAUUGGAACAAAAUUAAUGAAAAGAAUCCAGAAGAAAAAGAAAAGGUUUUUAUAACAUUAUUAAUAAUUUUUCUAUUUCUAUUUUUAUACUUAUUUGUAUUAAUAUUACAGAAAUGUAAUUUUCUAAUUUUUUUAUGUUCCUAUUUUUUAUACUUUAUUUGUUUAAGCGGAUUAUUUCAUUGCUUAAUUAAUAAAUCAGAAUUAUAUAAUACAAGUAAAAAUUUAGAUUCUUUUUUCCAUAAAUAUAUAUAUCGUUCAACUAAUUCACAGUAUAUAUGUGAAGGUUUUAUAUUUUCAUUCCUUAUUCUGUUUAUCACAUUAUUAUUUUUUAUAUUAUUAAAAUUUUCAAGUAAUAUAAAAGAGGAGGAUACAUCUCUAUUAUUACAUAAAAGUAAAAAAAUAAAUAUCCUUUCUUUGUGUAUUUUAUGUGUCAUAUUUAUGUCUUUAAAAUUUAUACAAGAUAUUAAUUUAUAUAAAAUUUAUUUUUCGACUUAUUAUUUUUUCCCACCUCUUAAAUUUUUUAGAAAGUGA